AUGGCUGGUCUCAAGUUCCUGCCGUUGGUCACCGCCGCCAUAUUCUUGCUGGGCGCAAACGGGGCAAACACGUCUAACGGUGCGGCCACAGGAUACAAGGCAGAUCGGGUGGACUGCUCGGCGUCAAUGAACGCAGCCCGCAACCUUGUCGGUUUCGCGGACUUUACAGUGGGAAAGACUGAUGGCGAAAAACUCCCAAUAGACGAAGCUCUCGCUGGAAGAGACGUAACCGGAGCGGCGUACGUGAACUCAGUGUGCACGGCACUGAAAGAUGUAACCUGCCGAGUAUUCUGUGUGCUGCGUCCUUCACAAAACCAACAGAAUACAGCGUCCGCUCAAGAAUCAGCCACACUGGCUGGCACCUACGCGUACGCGGUUCAAGAAGGGGCUAGUGCUGACUGCAAAGCCGCAGUGGACCACUGGAAGGCAGCCCUCUCCAACUUCAAAAGUCUGCCUCCGCAAUACACAGGAGAAACCGCGCCGUAUGCCGACCCCCAGAAUAUUUCCUUCAUUUCCCUUUUCAACCCCAAUGAAAAUCCCAAAGUGGACUGCGCAUACUUCACCUGCCCAGCACAACAGGCGGAUUCGCAGCAGAGAAACAAUGUUUCCGGCGGAGACGGGGAGGGAGAAGGGGAAGGGGAUGAAGAUCCCGAAGUUGAUAGCGGUGUGGACGGUCCAAAACCGGGCGGCGAGGGUGGGAGCACCACAGACAAAGAAGUGAAGGCUCUUGUUUGCGUCACCACGCCAAAGGCCUUAAAUAAAGACGCAGCCCCAUACACGCAAGCCCAGUGGGAUCAGAUCACCGCUGGCCUCAACAAAAACGCUGCACCAGCAUUGCCUACGUUCCUUGGUUUUGCUGCCACAGCAGUUGGCAUCCUUCUCCUUUGA